AAGGAUAUGUUUGGGGGUUUUCCCCGAAUGCGGAUGCAAAAGGAAAAAAUGAGGCUAUCAUGGAGAGCAGAAAGAGGGCAGCAGCUUCUUCCAACUCUCCAAGUUUGGUUUUCUGGUCCUCGUCGUUCCCACGGCAACCAGCCAGGGUCCUAAUUGUGGAGGCGCUGCCGCCCCGAUGGUCAGAGACCCGCACGGUUCUUUGCGAUGCUCUCGACAACUUCUUGUCUCUGGCCUCUAGUCUGGAUGGGCCCUGUAGGAUACCUCUACUGAGCCUGUAUGCCGUCAGCAGGCAGCGGGAAUGUCUAUUGCCACUUGUGCAAGUUCGUGGUAACUUCGCCAGGCUGCAUUCCUGUGUUGAAGAGCUGAGGUCUAUUCCAAGUGAAGGUUGUAUCAGAGGAGCAGCCGCGGGAGCUGAUCUGCUGCGACAGGCAGUGCUGGACAGUCUGCAGCAGUUUAAACAGUACAUCAGACACACCAGCGCUGGCAGUCAGGCCGGCAGCAACAUCUCUGUGGAGGUUACUCUGGUGACCAGCCAGCCAGGCCGCAGCAUUGUUCAUCAGCUGGAGAUGGGGCUCAAAGAUGCUGACCUGGUUUCACUGAAGCGACUCCUGGUAGUGCAGAUCUACAGUACAGGAGACUGGGGCCAAGACACUCUCUCACCUGAGGCCGCCGCACCCUCAGAGACUGAAGGUUCUUCUCUGUCAACCUGGGCACUUGCUCUUCCUCCGCUGCACCUGUCUGCUGUGGUGUGCCUCAAGGAUCUGUGUUAG